GUUGCUAUGAAGAGAUUACGGACAGUAUUUUGGACGGACAAAUAAACCGGAAUUUAUCUCACCGUAGCCGAAAACCUGCGGACUAGCUCCGGCUGGAUCUCUGCGAUUUAUCCAACAUGUCUGCUAAACUAAACGCGUUGCAUAGCGACUCUUACGUUGAUAUUAGUCAAUACAGAGACCAACAUUUUAAGGGUAACCGCUAUGAACAGGAGAAGCUGCUGAAGCAAAGCCACACUUUGUAUGUUGGGAAUCUCUCCUUCUACUCCACCGAAGACCAGGUACAUGAGAUCUUCUCUAAAAGUGGAGACGUCAAGCGCAUAAUCAUCGGUCUGGAUAAAGUGAAAAAGACAGCCUGUGGGUUCUGCUUUGUAGAAUAUUACACACGAACAGGAGCAGAAAACGCCAUGCGCUUCAUUAAUGGCACCCGGCUGGACGACCGUAUCAUCAGGACAGACUGGGACGCUGGCUUCAAGGAGGGACGGCAGUACGGCCGAGGCAAAUCUGGGGGACAGGUGAGAGACGAGUACAGGCAGGACUACGACCCGGCCAGAGGCGGUUACGGUAAGCUGGCGUCGCAACAUCGAGGAGCGGAGGUUCAGAAUAGUUUUUAGACUGAACCCCAUUGCAGGCGCCCCCGCCCUCUCAGUCCUGUACCAGACCACCAACAAUGCCACACCAUGCUACCACAGACAGUUGCCGAUGUGUAAACAUUACAACUCUACAGCCGGUCUGCAAGGACCACUGGAGCCCGGAAAAUAGCAGCAGUUAUUUAUUUUCUCUCUGUCGUUCAUACCUGCUCACAGUUUACAAGGAAUCGCAAGCCAAUUUCACUGGGGUUUUUUUUCUCUCAUAGACAUACCCUCAACUCCUUUACGGGUUAGGAGAGGCUCUGAUGAUAUGUAAUGACUGAGUUGAUGAUGUGUCAAUUAACAAGACUGUUUAAUGAUGUUGUUCUGUCUCAGUUGGGUUAAAAGUAAUCCUCUGAACUAAUAGAAAGGAUGCAUUCUGUUAUCUUAACUCGUUUCCACAAAUGAAACUUGGUGCCCCAAAUUGGGUAUGCUUUUUUUAAAUAAAGAUUUUCAUUUUU